AAUACUUGAAGGUUUCUAUUUUCACACUGAAAGUCUUUUUAUACUCUCCGGUGUGUGUCUUCUUUCCACUUCUCCCUGACACACACACACACACACUCCCUCCUCCUCCCUAUCUGAACAAACAGAAGACAAUCCCAAUAUCCUUGCUUUUGCAUUUCUGAUUGUUCUGAUUGGGAUUGCGGUAAUUGGGAUGGAUUAUGAGAAGCCAUUGAUGAAUUAGGUUUUAUCAGAUUGAAAUUUUGAGCUAGGUUAUGGAAAUAUUUUGAAGGGGAGCCACAGAGUGAAAAGUUUCCAUUUAGAGCUCCAUCAAAUUUUGCAGGUAAUGAUUUUCAUUCAGGAAAGCUGAAAAAUGGAUAGCUCAAAAGUGGAUUCAAGGUAUAAUCACUCUGGGUCAUCCAGAUCAGAGGAAUCAGCUCUAGACUUGGAAAGGACCUACUGCGGCCAUCCAAAUAUACAUUCAUCAAGUCCUCCUCCACUACAAGCCUUUGCAUCAGGUGGUCAGCUAUCUGACACCAAUGCUGCCUAUUUCUCGUGGCCUACUUCUAGUCGAUUGAAUGAUUCUGCUGAAGAUAGGGCUAAUUACUUUGGAAACCUCCAGAAAGGUGUUCUGCCUGAAACGCUUGGUCGUUUGCCAAAAGGUCAGCAAGCUACAACCUUGCUUGAACUGAUGACAAUAAGAGCAUUUCAUAGCAAACUUUUGCGGCGAUUUAGUCUUGGCACUGCAAUUGGGUUCAGGAUCAAACAGGGAGAGCUGACCGAUGUUCCGGCCAUUCUUGUCUUUGUUGCUAGGAAAGUUCAUAAGCAGUGGCUUAAUCAUGUCCAGUGCUUGCCGACUGCCCUUGAGGGACCUGGUGGUAUAUGGUGUGUCGUAGAUGUCGUUGAAUUCUCUUACUAUGGGGCCCCUGCAGCGACCCCCAAGGAGCAAUUAUAUACAGAAAUUGUAGAUGGUUUACGUGGGAGUGACCCACUUAUUGGUUCUGGUUCCCAGGUUGCUAGCCAAGAAACUUAUGGAACCUUAGGUGCUAUUGUAAAAAGCCGAACAGGUAACCGUCAGGUUGGUUUUCUUACCAACCGACAUGUGGCAGUUGACUUGGACUAUCCAAGCCAGAAGAUGUUUCAUCCGUUGCCACCUAGCCUUGGGCCUGGGGUGUAUCUGGGUGCUGUAGAGAGGGCAACAUCAUUUAUAACUGAUGACCUUUGGUAUGGCAUCUUUGCAGGAACAAACCCUGAGACAUUUGUGAGAGCGGAUGGAGCAUUUAUUCCCUUUGCAGAAGAUUUUGACAUGUCCUAUGUUACUACAUCGGUAAAAGGAAUUGGUGAGAUUGGUGAUGUGAAUACUAUAGAUUUGCAGUCUCCCAUUGGUAGUCUGAUUGGGAGGCAAGUGGUAAAAGUUGGAAGGAGCUCUGGAUUAACUACUGGGACAAUAAUGGCCUAUGCACUGGAGUACAAUGAUGAGAAAGGGAUUUGUUUCUUCACAGAUUUUCUUGUUGUUGGUGAGAACCAGCAGAGUUUUGACCUUGAAGGUGACAGUGGAAGCCUUAUUCUUUUAACAGGUCAAAAUGGGGAGAAAGCAAAGCCAGUGGGGAUCAUUUGGGGUGGGACAGCUAACAGGGGUCGGUUGAAGUUAAAGGUUGGCCAGUCUCCUGAAAAUUGGACUAGUGGAGUUGACUUGGGCCGCCUUCUUGACCUCCUUGAACUUGAUCUUAUCACAUCCAAUGAAGGGCUCCAAGGUUUGCAUUCUGUUGUUUUUGUGCAUGUUCGAAACUGAGCUUGCGUUCGAUUUCCAUGCGAUUAAUGAGAUAUUGCAUGAUGUUUUAUUUGGACUAAUGGUUAAAUUAUGAUGCAUCUAAUCCAUCCGAGCUCAAAGAGGAAGCUGGGAAUUCUCUUUUGAAAGAGAAAAAAAAAAAAAAACAGAACACCUUAGUGAAAAACCAUUGUUCCUCUUGUUUGUGGUUACAUAGUUUUGCUUUUGCACCUACAAUAUGCUGGGAAAAAGAUUGAAAUUUUUGACCAAAAUAUCAACACACCUAGAGAUUAUACAGUGUAUUUGUCUCAAUCAUAUUGGUGUUAAUGAAGGAUUUGAGUAUCACAGUGUAGUGAACACUUCUAUGAGAUUAUGCGAAAAAAAUAUUUUGAAUGGAUUAUGAGAAAAAUCAUUUUUCUUAUCUUGAAAUGACUUGAAUAACAUCCGUUUAUUUUUCCUUAUUUUCUUAAUAGCUGCACUACUAGAGCAAAGAAAUGCUUCUGGGACGGGAAUUGAUUCGACCGUUGGAGAGUCGUCACCUCUGGAGCGAGUAACUUCUAAAGAUAACCUUGGUUUCAACAUUGAGCAAGUUCCUGCAGACGGGGAAUCUUGCCAAGGAACUGUCCCUCCAUACCAGCAUUAUGAGUUUCAUAUCGAAAGCGGCAGUGAAUCAGCUCCAAGUAUAGAGCAUGAGUUCAUUCCAAGGUUCACUGGCAAAUCCCCUGUGCAUCAGCACAGAUGUCAAGGGGAAAACACGGUAUCGAAAAACCUGUCUGUACUUAGAAAUGGAUCUGAAGACGAGAUUUUUGUAUCGUUGCACUUAGGCGAGCCAGAAGCGAAGAGAAGAAAGCAUUCAGAAUCCUCCAUGAACAUGGAGAGCUUGAAGUGAAAAUCCAGUGGCCUUAUUCUUUUUCUUGAAAGGAGGAAUCUAAUAACUGUAUGUAUCCAAAAGUUUUGAGUUCUGGGGCAAAAAUUAUUGAAGCCCUCUCAGAGAAGCAAUAAUUAUUCUUUUCCAAUGUAUUUCGGAAGGUUAAUAUAUGAUAGAAAAUUACUGUAAAGUAUGAAUAAUGAGAUGCUUAGUAGAGAGAUCAAGUGUAAUUGUUUCAACUUAUAUAGUCUAUUUGUAAUGUGGAUCAAGCUGUUAAGACUGCACCACAAAACACUUACCAUGGAUUAAAGAGUGUAUUCAACUCAACAGCUUGGAUUAAGAAUGAUUAGUGAUCCUAUUCUUAUGAUGCAAGUGUUUUUGUUCUCAGAUAAUUUGGUUAUUCUGAUCACAAAAGAAAGCUUCUGAAUGACAGAGGUAAUAAUUCUUUUAUCCACAACGAUUUAACUCAUGACAAAGUUUUACAU